UAUCCAGGGUGGGGUUUGCUAACUAAAGAAGAGCACAAAGCUUGAGACACUGAAUGCACAACUUUCUUUCGAGGUAUUUUGCCAGCAGAGCAAGGGUUCUGGGUCUUUUUUUAAAUUGACUUGUGCCAUUCUAUCGAGACACUAUGGCAGAAGAGCAAACGGGACUUGAGGAGAGGAUAAUAAUAAGGGACCAGCACACAAAGGAAAUAGACCUGGUGAACAGAGAUCCAAAGCACAUUAAUGAAGAUGUUAUAAAGGUGGAUUUUGAAGAUGUCAUUGCUGAGCCAGCAGGUACAUACAGUUUUGAUGGAGUAUGGAAAACCAGUUACACCACCUUCACGGUCAGCAAGUACUGGUGUUACCGGUUGCUUUCGGUUGUGUUGGGAAUCCCUCUGGCAGUCAUCUGGGGCUUCCUCUUUGCUUUAAUCUCAUUUUGUCAUAUCUGGGCAGUAGUUCCCUGCAUCAAAAGCUAUGUGAUCGAAAUCCAGUGUGUCAGCAGAAUUUACUCCCUCUGCAUCCACACCUUCUGUGACCCACUGUGUGAGGCCCUGGGGAAGAUCUUUAGCAGCAUCAAAGUUGCCCUACGCAAGGAAAUCUAGAGCGAUUGGCAGAGAAAACUAGCAGAAACAAUCACUCAUCCAACAAUCACGCUUUCAAAGUUUUCCUGAAAGACUGUGCACCAUAUUCUUCGCUCAGUUAUAUUGGCAUAACCAGGGAAUAACUCCAAUGACACUUAUGCAGUUACUACACAUUCAAUCUAAUGUAAAGGAGAACAGAACUUCCUCUGUAAUUAUUUCAUGGACCACAACCUUAGAUUAACACAUGCAUUUAUUAAGUAACAAAUAAGGGUGUGAGAAAGCUAAAGUACAUUUGGAUACAAUGCAUAAUUGUCUAUUAAGUUAGCCAUUAGCUCAAAAUAGUACCAGGAAGCACAGGUCUGUAAUAAUUAUUAUUGCUGCAAAUAGUGGCUGUUGUAAACGCUUUCGUUUUAAUUCGCAAUAUGCCAAAAGUGUAUGGCUUGAUGAUGUAAAUGUCAAAGUUUUGUUUCCAUGCGUGUUUCCAUUUAAGCAAAGCUUUUAAAUCCAGGUAACCUUAUUGGGUACAUUUUUGACAGCUCAACAUGCUUUUUCAGGGGGUGCAAUUUGUGUCUGUUGUUUUGUGGCUGAAAGUGCAUAUCAUGGCAUUUGGACCCAGGGGCGGCUCUAGACAUUUCACCGCCCAAAGCAGGGCAGCAUGCCACAGGGGGGUGCUC